AUGAAGGUCUUCAUCGCCGCGAUCACCCUGGUUGUGCUGGCUGUUGCCGAGGCGUCCUAUCUGCCGUACGGAGGUGGACUUGUUAGCGGUUACACCACGGGCUGGCCAGUGACAUCAUCGGUCGCCUACCCUUCGUACGGAUUGUACGGCAAGUCGGUGCUUCCAUUGGCCACUAAGUACGCCUACCCGUCGGUGUACGGUGGGUAUCCGCUGGUGAACAAAGUCGUGUCCUAUUCGGCCCCUGCAACUGUCUACGGUGGUGCGAAGCUGCUCGGAUACGGUGGAUAUGGAUACGGUGGUUACGGAUACGGUGCCGGCUACGGGUAUGGUGCCGGUUACGGAUACGGCUACGGAAAGGUGCUGCCAUCGAAGUACUACUGGUAG